UUUUCCUAGACGUGGUCACCCUUUAUAAUCUGUUUCGAAAUCAGAGGGACCUGCAAAAAUGGAUAGCCGUGGGGCAGGAGAGCUGUUCCAAGCACAGUCUCAUUUGUAUAAGCUCAUAUUCAGCUUCAUCAGUACCAUGUCCCUUAAAACUGCAAUCAAUCUUGGCAUACCAGACAUAAUCCACAGCCACGGCCAACCCAUCACUCUCCCUAAACUGGUCUUGGCACUGCAGAUUGACCCAGCAAAAUCUGGUUUUCUCUAUCGGCUCAUGCGUUUCUUGGUUCACUCUGGCCUCUUUCUUAAAACCAAAGUUGACAAAGGAGGCAAGGAAGAAGAAGAGGAGGCCUAUGAUCUUUCACCUUGUUCUAGGCUUCUCGUCAACGGAAAUGCCCCCAACUUGACUUGUUUUGCACAGUCAGUUUUUCAUCCUGCUUUGUCAGAUCCAUGGAAAUUGCUGGGAGAUUGGUUCUACAGAGAAGAACAGAACCCUUUUCACUGUACAUAUGGGAUCGGGUUUUGGGAGUAUGGAAGUCAGGACCCUGAGUAUGGGAAGCUUUAUAAUGAAGCUAUGGUGAGUGAUUCUGGGAUGAUGAACUUGGUGAUCAGAGAUUGCAGGUCAGUUUUUGAAGGUAUGCAGUCGAUGGUUGAUGUUGGAGGUGGGAAAGGAGCUGUGGCUAGGAUCAUUUCUGAGGAGUUUCCCAAUAUGAAAUGCACAGUGCUUGAUCUUCCCCAUGUUAUUGAGGAUUUGCAGGAUACUGAAAAUCUCAAGUUUGUUGCAGGUGAUAUGUUUCACCAUAUCCCCCCUGCUGACUCCAUUCUUCUCAAGCUGGUUUUACAUGCCUACAGUGACGAAGACUGUGUAAGGAUCCUGGAGAAAAGUAGAGAGGCUAUUUCAGGGAAAGGUAAAGAAGGAAAAGUGAUGAUAAUAGACAUAGUGAUAAAUGAGAAGGAGGAUAAACCUGAGUUGACAGACCCAAAACUGUACUUUGAUUUGUUGAUGAUGGUUGCCGUCACCGGAAGAGAAAGAGAGGAAAGAGAAUGGAAGAAGCUCUUCUUGGAAGCAGGGUUCAGUGGUUACAAGAUAACACCCAUCUUUGGUUUAAGGUCGCUUCUUGAAGUUUAUCCUUAAUUAACACAAACCACUCAUCAGCAAUAAAAUCUCUUGUAUCUCACCAACAGAAUUUACUCCUGAUUCUGCAGUCUGCAUCGCUGUUCUGUGUGAUUAAUUUGCUGUAUUGGGAAAUAAGAUGUUGUGUCGUAUAAUGUGGUCUUCCACUGUGGCAAAUACUUUGAUGGCUAUUGUGGGC